AUGAAGACUCUCCUGAUCGUGCUUGUGUGUGUGGGCGUGGCCUCCUGCCAGGAUGGGUCCUACAUCCUGGAUUCCAGAGGCGUCGACGCCCAGCAGGGGCUCCUUCCAGCACGACAGCUCUACGACAACUACGAGGCCUUCUCAGACGCCUUCAGGCGACGAUCUCAGGAGAUGGCCAGGGAGUACAGCUUGGACCAGACCGUCUACAACGACCCUAACCCCGAGUACACCUGGGCUUAUGCCGUCGACGCCAAAUCCACCGGGGACAUGAAGUCUGCCAGAGAGGAGCGUCGAGGGGACGUCGUUGUGGGUCAGUAUUCUGUCAUGGACCCUGAUGGCACUCUGCGCACAGUCGACUACUCGGUCGCUCCAGGCACUGGAUUCCAAGCCAAGGUCACCAAGGAAAGGGCUGACGGCGUUUCCAGCAGUCCAGUCACGACAUACAGCCAACAGAAUCAGUAUUCCCAGUACCAAAGGCAGCAGUACAACCAGAAUCAACAAUCGUACAGGAAUCAAAACCAGGAAUCUCUCUCCCUGAAUCAGAGGAACGACAGGAAUGAUUACCAAAAUCAGUUCCAGAACCGGCAAUACCGAUAUGAAAAUGGUGAACGUUUCCAGAACCAGCAGUCAAACAGGAAUUACUUCCAGGACCAACAGUCUAAUAGGGACAACUUCCAGAACCAACAAUACUACAGACAAAAUUCCCAGAAUCAAAACAGAAAUGAUCUCCAGUUCAAGAACAAUGAUCGAAAAAUGAAGUAUUUACCAUGUCAACAGUUUAUGGAUCCAACAGGAAUUACUUCAACAAUGAUCAGUACAAUUCCCAAAGAAGUUUGUAUUCCAGGGAUUCAAACAACUUCCAGUCCUUUGCUCAACGUUAUGGAAACACAAACAGACAGAAUUAUAACCAGUACAACACCAAUUACAAUAACAACCAGCAAUCUCAACUCCAGAGAAAUAACAACUACAACCAGUACAACAGAGACUCAUCACAAUACACCUCAGGUAGAUAUGGCAACAACUAUUACAACUCUCAGGAACAGAACAACAGGUACAACCUGA